GACGCGCGCGCUCCCACAUAAAUGUAUAUUUCUUACUGCUCUACUUCACGCUCCUCGAGCGGUCCGCUUCUCCCAGACCGGGAGUGACGUCAGAGGCGACCGGAGCAACUGGGUCUGCGGAAGACGAGAGUCCAGACAGAGAACCGGUGCAGCUGUGCACGAGCCGGUGUUGGACUGAAAAGCUCCUAAAAGCACCACAGAAGACACUGAAUUCCCUCUAAAUCACUCCAAAGUUACUGAGGGGCCCGAAACACCUCUGGAAUGCCAUCAAAAAGUUACUGAAAAGACCUUGAAAUACCCCAAGAUGCUUCUGAAACAGCCCUAAAGCGGUCCUUAAGUUACUGAAAUACCCGGAAGAUACUGAAAUACCCUGUAAACACUCAUAAAAAUGACUGAAAUGCCCUUGAAAGACCCCAGAGGAUACUGAAACCCUAAAAAAAGUGAUUGAAAUGUCUUCCAAUUCUCUUUAGGGUUCCUGAAAUGACAUUGUAAUGCUCCAGAAGAUACUAAACCACCUAAAACGCGUCUUAAGUUACUAAAAGGCCCUUGGAACACACCAAAAGAUACGGAAACGUCUCCAAGAUGCUCCCAAAGUUACUAAAUUACCUUUGAAACAUCCAGAAGAUACCGAAACACCUCGGAAACACUCCUAAUGUUACUAAAAUGCCCACAGAAGAUACUGAAACACCCCUAAAAUGCUUCUAACGUUUACUGAAAAACAUUUGAAACAUCCAGUAGAUACUGAAAUAGCUUUAAAAUGCUCUGUUAAUGAAACACUGCUAGUUACUGAAACAUUGAUAAAACACUCCUAAAGUAACUAAAACAUUCCUGAAACUUUAUUGAAAAGCUCCUAAAGUUCCUGAAAUGUUCCUGAAAUGCUCGUAGUUACUGACAGUUUCUUGAAACACUCCUAAAAUUCCUGAAACGUUCUUGAAUCUCUCUUAAAGUUCCUGAAACGCUCCUAAAGUGACUUAAAUGUUCCUGAUCUCUGAAUGAUCUCAGUAUGUGACUCAGGAGUUGUGUUUCGAGCGUGUGAGUGUGUGUCGCAGAAUGUCGACCAGCACAGAGCUGCCGUCACACUGCCCGACCUGUGGAGAGCCGUGCGGGUUUGGGGAGCACCUUUCCAGCGUCCGCUCCUGCCAAAAACUCUGUCUGACCACUCGCCGGAGCUCUGAGGGCAGACUGAUGUCCCUUUAUACACAGCGAGGGGAUGAAAUCGACCACCCCCUGCGGUUCGAGCUCCUGGAUGCCCUGAGUUUGGCCCGUCCGCUCCGAAAGAUCCUCAUCCAGAGAGACUCGCCCUCAUCUCGGUCUCCAGUGCUGGCGCUCGCCGUAAGCUCCAGCGCCGCAGAAGAGGGGGCAGACACCGGACGCGCUGUGGCCCAGCUAGGAGUGCCUUGGCUGGGCAGGCUGGCGCUGGAGGCCCGGCUUCAACAGCUGGCUCUGGAGGUGCAGGAGCGCGUCUCGCUCAAACUGGAGGCGCUGCAGGACGAGGUGAAGCGGAGGAGCGUGGAGGUGAGACAGGCCCAGAGAGAGAGCGAGCGCAUGCUCAGACAGAAGCAGCAGGCGGAGGAGCGGGCGGCCGAGCUGGAGCGGCAGGUGGACAUUUCUGUGGAGAUGCUGGCCAGCCUCAGAUACGAGCUGAGAGAGAGAGACGAACAACUGCGGCACAAACAACAGGAAGUGUGUGAGCUGGACAGGUUUGUGAGGGACACUGCGCUCCAGGAAGCCAGCGCUAAGAUCCGUCUGCAGCGCUUCAUGGAGGACCUGCUGGAGAGAGCCGAGAGAGCCGAGACGCAGCUGCAGAACCUCUGCGAUGAUGUCACUUCCUCUCACAGACACCUGGCAGGAAGCAGAGCGUCAGGCUACCAGAGGAGCUCCAGCGUGUCUGGGAUGAGCAGGAGAUCUUCUCAUGUGUCUGACUGCAGAGCCGCUCAGUACUACAGGAGUGAUGGGAUGUGUCUGGUGUGUGUCAGGUUCGAGCGGAGGCCACGCACACUGUCGGUGGGUUCGGGCGGCUGUGAGGGUCACUGGGACGGACGGCAGUAUCAGCACAUGUUGUGUGGAGCCGCUGAGGGGCACGAGAGAGGAUCCGAAUCACCUGGGAUGAUCCAACACACACACACUGAUGCUGAUUCAGACAACUGGUCACUUUACACCGCAGACUCACAGGACGACACACAACACACGGGAUACAGGACCUACAGCCGCACCGGUCCGGAUCUGCACUGGUGUGUGAACAGAUCCAGUGAAUCAGCCGUGUGUUCAGAGCGUCUGAGGCUCACAGCGGCGCUCUUCUGUGUGUUCACUUAUCUGGACACACGCUCGCUGCUCACCGCCGCUGAGGUGUGUAAGGACUGGCGCAGUGUCGCACGUCAUCCUGCUGUUUGGAUCAGAGUAACACUGGAGAACACACAAGUGUCAUCGAAGUUCCUGAUGACUCUGUCUCAGUGGUGCUCUCAGACUCAGUCUCUUGUUCUUCACAAUCUCAAACCUCGAUCCCGUGGCAAGAAGGAGAACAAAGACGAGUACUUGCGCAGCACCAGGGGUGGGCUGGAGGCGGGGCUGGAGGCGGUGCUAAAAGCAGCGGGGCGGAGUCUCAUCUCUCUGAGCAUCUCUCAUUGUCCCAGUAUUUUGACGGACAGAUCUCUGUGGCUCGUCAGCUGUCACUGCCGUGCACUGCAGUCACUCACAUACAGGAGCGCGUCAGAUCCGGCGGGACAGGAGGUGAUCUGGGCUCUGGGAGCGGGAUGCAGGAACAUCACAACGCUGCACAUCGCUCCUCUACAGCCGUGCCUGCAGCCCAGUCGCUUCAGUAACCGCUGCUUGCAGACGAUUGGCCGAUGCUGGCCGAACCUGUGUCGUGUGGGGGUGGGCGGGGCCAGCUGCGGCGUGCAGGGAUUGGCCUCUCUGGGUGAGUGA